CAAUGCAGUCAGCAGAUUACUACUUCUCCCAGAUUCAGGCCAUACUGACCUACAAUGGCAACGAGCUUGACAUUCAGAUUAACUAUGGAAUGCUGCUUCUGUCAACGAUUUGUUGGUGUUUCACUGUGUUACGAGUCUUUAACACGAUAAAGGACUUCUGCUGGUUUACUUUCUCUUGCCUCUACAUCUUGUUCGGAGUUCAGAUAGGUGUGUGUAUGUUUAUCCACUGUAUAGGGAUAUCUGGGGUGUGGUGUGCUAUGGUGGGGUUCGCUUACCGUAUGUGGGUCCACUCCCCCGCUGAUCCUGUGCUGACCAACAAACUGGUUGUGUUCGCUACUUUUGGGAGCUAUCUGUGGGCUAACUUCCACUACUUCAGAGCGGAGGAAAGUUACAUCACGUUCACCACUAUUUGCCACAUUUUAGCCACAUGGCUAGGAUAUGAAGCCAACAACAUCUGGAUUAAGUCCCAUCAGUCGAGAGAAGAAAAGCACCAGGCCAAAGCACGAUGAGGUAGCUCUAGAAACUUACAAUAACAAGGCUAAUUGGCUUGAUUAGGUAACUGACCACUGUUUAACGGACGUUAUAGUAAUAGGCAGAAAGAAAAAAGGGUUUUAUUUGUAGGAUUUUCAGAAUUAGGUUUUCUCAAAGAUUGUAGAUUGAUCGUUAAAUUGAGUGUUUGUGAAGUUAAAAGUUUUAAUCCGGCGAGCAGAAAAAUGACCAAUGAUUGGUCAAUUCAAUGUUGAUUUCAGUAACUUAGAAUUGUCUCGAUUUUAUUCACCUUACUUGAUACUCAUUAUUAUUGCCAUAUUAAGGGGAGAUACACCAAAAACGUUUUUGCUCCGAACAUCGAUUUUAUUUUAUAUUAUGGUUAAAUAGACAAAAAGAAUAAGAUUGCACACCUUCAAAAUUUUCUAAAAAUAUUCCCUCAUCGAGAAAAAAAAUAUUUUUCUUUUUCGAAAAUUUUUAAAAUUUGGAGAAGUCUGUCACUGUAAUACCGAUAGUUCGGCCAAUUUAAAAGUGUUUUGGCUGAUUUUGUUACUGAACAUUACUUACACUCUGUACAAGACAACCCUAUAAAGGAUUAUAUAAUUGAACAAUAAAUGACCAAGUUACAGACCGAACAAGGUGGAAAAAGAAAAAUUGGGAUUUUUGCCUACCACCAAAGUUGUACAUUUUACCACUCGCCCAGGUCAUCAGAUAUCGCUUCAAAAAUUCUUGUGAGUGUAGUUGAUGAUCAUGGAAAGCUUUUUGGAACAGGAUUUCUCUCAAUUUUGAGUUUUAAGCUAUGAAAUGUGGCCUCAAACGACUUAGUAAAAUUCAUCGUAAAAAGGGCCAAAAAUGGCAGAAUUAAGGCUUAAAAUGCUUAUUACUCAAAAAGUAUCAUUUUUUUGAUAUAAUUUUUACAGAAUCGUAAUCAGCUUGAUCAGACGAAUCUUUAGUACCAAAUAGGUGAUUUAGAAGACAAAU